AUGGAUUUUGCUGAUAGUCUUGCUUCAUUACGUUCUGUUGAGAAUGUACGCUUGAUGGAUCGUUUUAAUAAUCGUCCACAAAUAAUUGGAACAAUAUUUUUGACUUCUACACACUUAAUUUUUGUUGAUCCUGAAGGAAAGCGAGAAACUUGGAUACUUCAUUCUCUGAUAUCAACUGUUGAUAGAUUACCAAUAACACAGUACGGAUCUCCGUUGCGUAUUCGUACAAAACAUUUCUUUUCCGCUGAAUUUAUUAUUCCCAAAGAACGUGAUUGUUCUGAUUUACAUGCUACAUUAAGUCAAUUAAAACCAGAUUCUUAUGAAAAACUAUAUUGUUUUCUGUAUCAAGCACCAAAUCAUCUCGAAAAAGUUUGGGAUCCAUUUCUAUUGGCUACUGAAUAUAUGAGAAUGGGUGUACCAAAUCCUGAAUGGAAAGUUGAAGAUAAUAAUAGUAAUUUUGACAUGUGUGAUACAUAUCCACCAUUAAUUUAUGUACCAACAUCAACAACAAAGUCAAUGUUACUUGGUAGUUCGAAAUUUCGAAGUCGAGGCCGAUUACCUGUACUGUCCUAUUUACAUCCGAAUGGUGCAUCGAUAACACGUUGUGCACAGCCAUUGUCCGGGUUUAGUGCACGUUGUCUUGAAGAUGAACAACUUCUUCAAUGCAUACUGAAAACAAAUUCGCAAUCGAAUACAAUGUAUAUUAUUGAUACAAGACCUCGUAUCAAUGCGGUGGCAAACCGUGCAGCAGGCAAAGGCUAUGAAAAUGAAGUUAAUUAUUCAAAUAUGCAAUUUAAAUUUUGUCCAAUUGAAAAUAUACAUAUAAUGCGUUCUAGUUUAAACAAAGUACUUGAAGCGUGUGAAUUGAAAGAUCCGUCGAUGAAUCAAUAUUUAAAUGCUCUUGAUAAUACAUCAUGGUUACAACAUAUCAAAGCUGUGUUAGAAGCUGCUAUAUUUAUUGCUCGAGCUAUCGACGUUGAAAAGAAAAACGUUCUUGUGCAUUGCUCUGACGGUUGGGAUCGUACUGCACAAUGUUGUUCGUUAUCUUCACUUCUUCUCAGUCCAUAUUAUCGUUCCAUACAUGGAUUUCGUAUGCUGAUUGAAAAAGAAUGGUUUUCAUUUGGGCAUAAGUUUUCUGAUCGAUGUGGUCACAUACGAACCAGUGAUAAUAAAGAACAAUCGCCGGUUUUUCUUCAGUUUAUUGAAGGUGUUUGGCAAUUGACACAAUUAUAUCCAACAGCAUUUGAAUUCAACGAGCGUUUUCUCAUGUCCUUACAUGACCAUUCACAUUCAUGUCAAUAUGGGAAUUUCAUUGGAAAUUGUGAAAAAGAUCGAUUUGAUUUAGGUGUUAAAGACCGGACAUAUUCCUAUUGGAAUUAUGUCUUACAAAAUGUAAAUGAUUUUAGAAAUCCUCUAUUUCGCCCACAAUCAUCGUAUGCAAGUGAAGUUCUUUUACCAACCAUAUUUCCUCAAACAUUAAAAUUUUGGUUAAAUAUGUAUCAGCGAUUCGAGAGUGGACUUUUACCAAAAGAGAAUACUGCAAAUACAUUAAUACAGCUUGUUGAUCAUACGAUAGCUCUUAAUGAUCAUGCACGAUUAUUAGAAAAACGUAUUCGAGAACUUCGUUUCUCACUUGAAAAUGGCGUAACAACGCCAACAUCUAAUGAAGACAUCAAUGAACUCCAAGAAAAUCAUAACGCAACAUCAUCUAUUGAACAUGAUAGUGGUUCAAGUGAAAACGAGUUAAAUCAAACAACAGCCGAAUCUGACCCACCGAAAUCCAAUCAGUAUCUGCAACUGCUUAAUUCAUCUGAUGUUGAAAGUGGUAUUAGUAGUGAUUAUUCACCGAAAACUAAACCUUUCUCGCCAUCGUUCAUUCUUCCACAUCAAUCAAGUUCAGAAAUCAACGAUAUUCCAACAAUCGAACGUAUUGCAUUUGAACUUAAUUCAAUUGCAGUUGAUUGGCGUACUUAUCAUGCACCUCUUUAUUGUGCUUGUUCGUCACCGUUCGAUUCUGCACAGCGAAAAUAUAACUGUUGGCGAUGCGGUGAAAAUUUUUGUAUACGUUGUAUUGAACAUGGAAUUCGUUUACCCGGUCUUUAUAGUACUAAUUUCGCGCCAGUAUGUAAAACAUGUGUACGUUCGAUUAAAACAUCACCAUUAUAUAUCGAUAUCUCAACGUCCGGUAAAUCAAAUAAUCGAAGUCUAACAUCAAUGGAUGAUAAGAAACAAAUUUGA